AUGAAACUUUUGCUGAGGCUUGGGAGAGGUUCAAGAGCUACACAAGUCAGUGUCCCCAUCAUGACUUCAACAAUGAGUCUUUGCUCUCUACCCUCUAUAGAGGUUGUUUGGAAAGGUAUAAAGAGAUGUUGGACACAGCCAGCAACGGGAACUUCCUUAAUCAGACUGGAGCUCGACCGCGCACUCGAUCGAGUUGGAAGCACUGAUGAGAAAAGACAUGGUUGCACUCAAUUCGAAGUUGGACAAACUGAUCCUGGCUCAAUUCUCUGCUAA